CAAUUUUUUUUUCCUCUCUCAUUAAUGCACAUUGACUGGGCUACAUUAAUUGAACUUUCCUGGAUGUUCACUGCUUGUCCCUCCUAACUUCCGAUUAUGUUGAAAACUUCAAGAUUCUAACAACUGCGCUCUCAUUUGACCGUCACUGAUUAAAUAAGGAUGAUGACAGCAAGCUAUCAUAUCUUCCUCGCUAAGAAAACUAGGAAAUCCUCCCUCUAUAAGUAGCAUCAAGCCAUAAGUGUUCUACUAAAUGUGGAAAAGUCUGACGUCAUGUCUGAAGAAGUUAAGGUUUUUGGAGCUUGGGGAAGCCCUUUCAGCCGCAGGGUAGAGCUUGCUUUGAAGUUGAAGGGUGUUCAAUAUGAAUACAUAGAAGAGGAUGUCUAUAACAACAAAAGCCCUUUGCUUUUGAAAUACAACCCAGUUCAUAAGAAAAUCCCUGUCCUCCUCCACAAUGGGAAGCCAAUUGCGGAGUCACUUGUUAUACUUGAAUACAUUGAGGAAACUUGGAAAGGCAAUCCCAUUUUGCCGGAGGAUCCUUAUGAGAAAGCCAUGGCUCGGUUCUGGGCUAGGUUCCUCGAUGAGAAGUGCCUGCCUGCACUAUGGAACGCUGCGUGGAGCCCCGAGAAUGAGCGAGAAAAGUCGGUGGAAGAAGCUUGCGACUUUCUAAAAACGCUUGCAAGUGCGCUGAAGGGGAAAAGAUUCUUUGGGGGAGAUACAGUUGGAUUGGUAGACAUUGCUGCCAACUUUAUUGGCUUUUGGCUUAGGGUCCUUCAAGAAGCUACAGGACAGGAGUUGCUGUCAGCUGAAAAAUUCCCUGACUUGGUCAAAUGGACCAACGAGUUUGUAAGUUGCAGUGUUGUUAAGGAAAGUCUGCCUCCCAGAGACAGACUUUUGGCCUUUUUCAAGGCUCGCGUUGCUGGAGCUAUGGAUGCGCAAACUAAAGCCUCCAAAUGAACGUUUUCCCAAUGAUUCUCGCUUGCUUUUGCCUUGGCUCAAUUACCUGGUUUUCUGUGUAAUAUUAGUUUGUUUUCAAAUGUUGCAACGUGCAUGUGUAAGGUGUUACUUGCUAUCGUUUCUGGGCCAGAAAGGCAGAAAUUAAUAAAUGAACAUGUUAAAGAUAAUUGAAGU